CUGACCUGAAUAAUGUCAGGUUCUCGGCUUAUAGGACUGCGAUGAAACUCCGAAGACUGCAGAAGGCCCUUUGCUUGGAUCUUUUGAGCCUGUCAGCCGCAUGUGAUGCCUUGGACCAGCACAACCUCAAGCAAAACGACCAGCCCAUGGACAUCCUGCAGAUCAUUAACUGUUUGACCACUAUUUAUGACCGCCUGGAGCAAGAGCACAACAAUCUGGUCAACGUCCCUCUCUGCGUGGAUAUGUGUCUCAAUUGGCUGCUGAAUGUUUAUGAUACGGGACGAACAGGGAGGAUCCGGGUCCUGUCUUUUAAAACUGGCAUCAUUUCUCUGUGUAAAGCGCAUUUGGAAGACAAGUACAGAUACCUUUUCAAGCAAGUGGCCAGUUCAACAGGAUUUUGUGACCAGCGCAGACUGGGCCUCCUUCUACAUGACUCUAUCCAAAUCCCAAGACAGUUGGGUGAAGUUGCAUCCUUUGGGGGCAGUAACAUUGAGCCAAGUGUCAGGAGCUGCUUCCAAUUCGCUAAUAAUAAGCCUGAGAUCGAAGCGGCACUCUUCCUCGAUUGGAUGAGACUAGAACCCCAGUCCAUGGUGUGGCUGCCUGUCCUGCACAGAGUAGCUGCUGCGGAGACUGCCAAGCAUCAGGCCAAGUGUAACAUCUGCAAGGAGUGUCCGAUCAUCGGCUUCAGGUACAGAAGUCUAAAGCACUUUAAUUAUGACAUCUGCCAAAGCUGCUUUUUCUCUGGCCGUGUUGCAAAAGGCCAUAAAAUGCACUAUCCCAUGGUGGAAUAUUGCACUCCGACUACAUCGGGAGAAGAUGUUCGAGACUUUGCCAAGGUACUCAAAAACAAAUUUCGCACCAAAAGGUAUUUUGCGAAGCAUCCCCGAAUGGGCUACCUGCCAGUGCAGACGGUCUUAGAGGGGGACAACAUGGAAACUCCUGUUACUCUGAUCAACUUCUGGCCGGUAGACUCUGCGCCUGCCUCGUCCCCUCAGCUUUCACACGAUGAUACUCAUUCACGCAUUGAACAUUAUGCUAGCAGGCUAGCAGAAAUGGAAAACAGCAGUGGAUCUUAUCUAAAUGAUAGCAUCUCUCCUAAUGAGAGCAUAGAUGAUGAACAUUUGUUAAUCCAGCAUUACUGCCAAAGUUUGAACCAGGACUCCCCCCUGAGCCAGCCUCGUAGUCCUGCCCAGAUCUUGAUUUCCUUAGAGAGUGAGGAAAGAGGGGAGCUAGAGAGAAUCCUAGCAGAUCUUGAGGAAGAAAACAG